AUGCGUCCUCAGAUGAUCACGGCCCUCCUCCGCGCACGCCCCGUCGCUGUGCGCGUCGCACCCGCCCUCGCGCGCCCCGCAUCCAGCGCGCACGACCACCAGGAGACGUUCGAGUCGUUCAACGAGCGGUACUUGCAGUUCUUCCAGUCCGCGCAGGAUCUCUUCGAGGUCCAGCGCGGCCUCAACAACUGCUUCGCGCACGACUUGGUUCCCGCCCCCAACGUCAUCGAGGCUGCCGUCCGCGCCGCCCGCCGCGUCAACGACUACGCGACAGCUGUCAGGAUUUUUGAGGGCAUCAAGGAGAAGGUGGAGAACAAGCAGCAGUACCAGGCUUAUUUGGAUGAGCUCAAGGGCGUCAGGGAGGAGCUCGGGAUUAACAUCAGAGAAGAAUUGUACUCGUCAUAA